CUUGGCAUUAGGGUGUAACACCCAGCUGUGCUCAGGGAUCACUCCUGGUGGGGUUCGAGGGACCAUGGGUGACAUCAGGGCUUUCAGAAACACGUGGGUGGGCCACGUGCAAGGCAAGCAAGCUCCAUCGCCCCUUUCUAUUGCUCUGGCUGCUGAAUCAGCUGCAUCAGUUCAACAUGUAACCAAUGUAACAUUAUUGAGCUAUUUCACGGUCUUCCUCCUGCAUCAGUCUUCAAGACCUAGUGUUUAUGUCUCGGUUACAGCACCCUUUUGGAUCUGGACCUGGCACAAACCAAAGGCUGGCUCCGACAGCCACGUGUGUGACUAGGGGCCAUGGGCUGGACUUGGUAGCUGAACCUGGGUUCCUCUUGGCGCUCUCCCGCGUGAAGGGAAGGAAGGGGGUUGUGCGGGGCAGGGCUCCGGGUGAUCCCUCGCUCUUGGGUGAUGGCUCCCAAGAAGGUUCUGGCUUUGCCACGUCCUGAUUCGGACCCGAGAGUGAUGGCUCCUGGCACUAGAACCGCCGCAAAUCUCCUCAAAAGUCCUCAAAAAUACGAGGUCACUUGCCACCACCGGGUUCCCACCCGGCGUGAGAGGCGAUGCUAAGGAACCCGCCAACUUCCGGAGCUGCCUUUUCGUGGGGGGGCCUGGCGUGGGGCCUGGGGGCCGGAGGCAUAUCCGGGGGAGAGAGGCCGCUUCCGUUGAGGCGAGGUCACCCCCAAUGGGCGUUUCUUGAGGGGAGGGGCUCCCAUCCAGUCGCUUCUAGAAGGGUUUUAGCUCCUCUCGCGGCCAGGUCCUUAGCGCGUCUCCAUGCCGAGCCUCCCCGUCGCACCAAUAUAUGUGCUUCCCCCGAGGGCCUUCGUGGCUUGGGGGGAGGGGCCGGCGCCCCGGCCCCGGGCCCGCACCCCGAGGCGGCUCCCGGGCCGCGGGUGUGAGGGGCGGGCCCCUGCCGCGGCCCGCGCCGCUCCCGGUGACCCGGUCCGACAUGGUGUGGCCGCCUCCAGGCGCGGCCGGGCCGCCUCGGCCUCGCUUCCGCGUCGGGCCGACCCCGCGGCCGCUCCCGAGCAGCCCCAGCCGCCCGGGCCCCGCUGGGAACUGCGAAGCCGCCGAGGGCGAGAGCCGGGAGUCGCGGGGCGGGCAGGAGGGGAGGGCGGCGAGGGGCAAGCGGAGGAAGGGGAAGGGGAAAGCGGCGGCGGCGGCGCCGGGCGGAAGAGGAAGCGGGGCGGAGGGGAAGCCGGCGCCGCGGCCGGCCGAGGGGGCUGCGGGGCUCGGGGCCGGGGCGGCGGGCGCGGCCGGCGCGGCCGCGGCCGGCGGCAGCAGCCUGGAAGGGGCGAGUAGGCGCGCAGGGGACGAGGACGCGAGCCCAGGGCCGCGGAGCGGGGCCGGAGGAAGCGAUGCGGGGAAGCAGGAGGACUGGAGGGGCAGGUCCGGGCGGCGGGAGGGCGGGAGGCCGGGGAGAGCCCAGGGCCGCGGGGGUCAGGCGUGGGGCCGCUGCGCGGGCACCGGGGCGGCCAUGGCGGCGGAGGCGGGGGCCCGGGAGCCCGUGCUCUGGCGCCUGCCCGAGGAGCUGCUGCUGCUCAUCUGCUCCUACCUGGACAUACGGGCCCUCGGCCGCCUGGCGCAGGUGUGCCGCUGGCUGCGGCGCUUCACCAGCUGCGACCUGCUGUGGCGCCGGAUAGCCCGGGCCUCGCUCAACGCCGGCUUCUCGCCGCUCGGCACCGACCUGAUGGCAAGUAUCCCAGUGAAGGAACGGGUGAAGGUGUCUCAGAACUGGAGGUUGGGGCGCUGCCGAGAGGGGAUUCUGCUGAAGUGGAAGUGCAGUCAGAUGCCCUGGAUGCAGCUAGAAGGUGAUUCUCUGUACAUAUCCCAAGCUAAUUUCAUAUUGGCCUAUCAGUUCCGCCCGGAUGGUGCCAGCUUGAACCGUCGGCCCAUGGGAGUCUUUGCUGGACAUGAUGAGGAUGUUUGCCACUUUGUGCUGGCCAACUCACAUAUUAUCAGUGCAGGAGGAGAUGGGAAGAUUGGCAUUCAUAAGAUUCAUAGCACCUUCACUGUCAAGUACUCGGCUCAUGAACAGGAGGUGAACUGUGUGGACUGCAAAGGGGGCAUCAUUGUGAGUGGCUCCAGGGACAGGACGGCCAAGGUAUGGCCUCUGGCCUCAGGACGGCUGGGGCAGUGCUUACACACCAUUCAGACUGAAGAUCGAGUUUGGUCCAUUGCUAUCAGCCCAUUGCUCAGCUCUUUUGUUACAGGGACAGCUUGCUGUGGGCACUACUCACCACUAAGAAUCUGGGACCUCAACAGUGGGCAGCUGAUGACACACCUGGGCAGCGACUUCCCCCCUGGGGCAGGGGUGCUGGAUGUCAUGUAUGAAUCCCCUUUCACACUGCUGUCCUGUGGCUACGACACCUACAUCCGCUACUGGGAUCUGCGCGCUAGUGUCCGGAAAUGUGUCAUGGAGUGGGAGGAGCCUCACGACAGCACCCUGUACUGCCUGCAGACGGACGGCAACCACCUGCUGGCCACCGGCUCCUCCUACUACGGCGUGGUGCGCCUGUGGGACCGGCGCCAGAGGGCCUGCCUGCACGCCUUCCCGCUGACAUCGACUCCCCUCAGCAGCCCUGUGUACUGCCUGCGCCUCACCACCAAGCACCUGUAUGCCGCGCUAUCCUACAACCUCCACCUCCUAGACUUUCAGAGCCCGUGAUAGGCAGGCCCACCCGCCUGUGGGCAGCGAAGUAGCUACUCAGGGACUCUCCUCCUGGAGGGUGCAGUGAUGCCCCGCCCACCCCCUGUGCCUGCGCUCCUGACUGUGGCCACACAGCUCGGGCACCUUCGGCCAAAGGCUGCUGACCUAGGGUGGGGGAGGGCUCCGGAGACCACCCCUCCCAGGAACCAGACGGAGAAAAGGCGCUGACUGGGCUGGGGAAGGACCUGGCCUGCCUGCCCCUCUGUGAACCACAGCUCUGAGAGUGCCGAGGGGGCGCCAGCCCUCCCUGCUGGUCCCUCUCUUUCCCUUCCCCGGGAGGAAGGGUGAGCCCCACCUCCUCAGCCAGACACGCCCACCACACCAUCACCACCCCUGCCAACCAAGCUUUCGGGGCUGGGGAUGCUGUGGCCCGGCCUCUACUGGAAACCAAGAAAGGACAAAGUUCCAAGCCAGCCCAGCCUCAGACUUGCUAUCAGGACUGCUACAUCAUUCAGUUUUAUAAAAGUAAAGCUUGAUUGUCACA